UUAUUACUUCUAAAACUUGUGCGUGUGUAUGUGCUCAUACCUGAAAAAUAUGUUAUGUGUGUAGCUGGUUAUUACUUCUAACUAUUGUGCGUGUGUAUGUGCUGAAACCUGAACAUUAUGUGAUCCAAAGUGGGCAAAGUGAUCUGCCCAGAAUUAUUGUGCGUGUGUAUGUGAUGUAUGAGAUUUGGAGAGUUAGGGAGAAUAUAGUAUUGUUGAUAGGGGCCUACAUAACCUGUAUUAGGACUUAAUUUGAUUUAAGCUUAUAUAUUCAAAUGGAUUCCUCACUAUUUCAGAAACAAGAAAGAUUUAAAGAUUCAACGCCCACUGCAAUUGACCUCUUUAAGGAAAUGCAUUGCAGCAGGAAAAGAGAUUUCAGUGAGCAAGUAAAGCAAGCUAUUGUUGAUAUGGAAUCAAUUAUUGAUGAAUCUAUAGAAAAUGGAGAGCAGCAGAAGACUUGUAUUGAAGCUGUCUCUCAAGUUCUAUCCAAGAAUAGCACCUUUCUUGAAAAUUUGGGUCUUAAGAAAGUAUCUCGGAAAAAAUCCAGAAUUGAUGUUUCUUGUCACGUUGAACGUCUUCAGUUUGAACUAGAUGCUAAGACACAAGAAUCAGCAGGACUCCGUCAAGUAGUUGACGCUUUGACAUCAAAAACAGAUGAACAGUCGCAAGAAAUUGACGACUUCAAGAAGUCAUCAGCUGAGACAAAUGCUUUGCUUCGUCAACUAAUUUCCUUUAGUGCUGGUGGGUUCAAUGGAACAAACUAAAGCUAUGAUGCAUAGAGCAAAGGCAAAUUGUUGCAUAGAAGCAAUCAUUUUGCAGCACCAUGGGGCUUCUUUUGGACACGAUUCAAGUAGUUUGCGUGGCAACAUGAAGUCGUCGUUGUGACAUGGAAUUGAGUCAGUUUUUGAGAUAUAUUUGGCUGUUGGCAAUGAAUUUGUAAUCCUUAAGUCAACUUUUGAAUGAAUACUUGUAAUGCUUAGCUGUUGAGCACCAUGGAUGUUUAUUGCUGUAAAAGUUUGAAUUGCAUAAUAUUUGAACCAGUUUGCUAAUGUAUUACAAUGGAUUGAUUAUUACAAA